ACCAAACCGCCUCCCGCCGUUAUACCAAACCGCCUCCCGCCGCUUAUACCAAACCGCCUCCCGCCGCUUAUACCAAAAACCGCCUCCCGCCGCUUAUACCAAACCGCCUCCCGCUUAUACCAAACCGCCUCCCGCCGCUUACACCAAACAUUCUCUUCCAUAUUAUACCGAACAACCUCCUCCUCUCGAUACUGAACCUGUUCUUCCUAUAACACCUACUGCCUUUGACCGUCGUUCUUACCCCAUUGUUACCGGAUCUCCUCCUCCCCCUUCUGGAUACAAACCUUCAUCACCUGUUUUCGAACCUCCAAAAACACCUGCAUAUCCAAAUGACCCAUAUGGGGUCCACAUGACCAAUCAGGCCCUGAUUACUGAAGAGCCCAUGUCUGCUACUGGGAGCCCCAAUCCUGAUCCCUAUACCCAACCUCCUAAAUGGCCUGUGGGUCCAUACUAUUACCCAUAUGGUCCUUACUACCCCCCAUCUGGUCCUCACCAUUAUCCCUUCAUACCCAUCUACUACCCCUCACCUACCCCAGGGCCUAGCCCAAUCACAGCUAGUCCUCCCCAGACUCUCCCUACAGGUCCUCAGGACCCUACAAUGCCCACAGUCUACCCACCCCACCACUACCCUCAGCCAGUCACCUGCUCUCCCUCUGCCCAUUCCAUCUGUAGCUAUUACCCAUAUCCCGUGGAUGUGCCACACUACCAGCCACACCACCCAUAUCCUCUCUACCUGACGCCCAGCCCCCCUCUGACCACCCCAGCCCUUCCCUCCACAGGCCCAGCUCUGCCUGGUGCUACUCAACCACCCCAGACCUCACCAACCACCCCCUCACCCUCCUCCAGGACCAUAUCUUCCACUACUACUCUCACUCCUUGGAUGUCCAUCCUCACCCCUACUCUCCCCCCUCAGCCCUCACUCUCUCCUGGGCUCUCCCCUCGGCCCUCACUCCACUGUCUAGCAGGACAGAUGAUGGUGUCGCUGCCCUCUGCUCUCCUGGACUCCAUCCAGGUCAAAGAUCAGAUGAAUGGCUGGGUGUCUAUCUCCAGUGCCCCGGCGGCUUGUAGAUACAUCCUGCAGAUGAGUAAGGGUGGUGGAGUGAUCCUCCAUUCCCCUCUCCCUGCCUGCCACAGCCAGGCUAUGGCCCUCAACCCACACCAGCUCUCCCUCCCCCUGAGGUUUUGGGACACAGUCCUGGGGCAAUACAGAAUUAUGGAGCUCCAUUGCUCGUCAACUGUGACCCCAUCACCCCACACCACUACCACCACCCUCCCACCGACGACCCACACCAGGCCUCCCACUCCCCCCAAGCCACACGUCUUCUGCUCUGCUCGCCACAUGAGGGUGGAGCUUCCCCCAGGUCCCAUAUCUGGAGUCGUUGUCAAGGACAUCGAAGGGAAUGAGAUGAGCCUGAAGUAUGCCCCAAAGCAUUGUGGGUAUGUGGCAAGCAAGGGAAAGGAUGGCAUGAUCACCCUGAACCUCCCCUUCAACUCCUGUCACAUGACUGUCCAGGGUAAAGAGCACCACAUAGAUGUGAUUUACUCCACGUUGAAUGGACAAAAAGGAAAGGCCCAGUUGUCCUGUCCAGUUUCCAUACCCGUUUCUCAUCAAGAGUGUAACCUUCCCAGUGACCAGCGCCUCCCCUGCGGCCGCCGCCCUCUAUCCCAGGCAGAGUGUCUCUCUCUGGGCUGCUGCUACAGCACCAAGCCCUCUGCCUGCUACUACUCCAUGGAUGAAUGCACAUUGGACCGCCACUUUGUCUUUUCUGUGCCCGCCUCCCUCACGGACCCCCCUCUGUCCCCCGCCUUGCUCACUGCCGCUGGCAACCCCACCUGCGCUCCUCAGAGGGUGACCCCAGACUACGCCCUGUUCAAGAUCCCACUGGGCGGCUGCGGGGCCCACAGAUACGAGGUUGGCCAAACGGUAAUCUACAUGGUGGAGAUCAUCAACACGGUCCAGUCAAUCACCCUCAACUAUGGGACCAUCACCAGAGACUCUCCUAUCAGGCUGCUGGUUGAGUGCCAGUACACUACUGGCUCUGUGGUGAGUGUUGGCUUCCUGGUCAAGACCCCGUCGUUUGGCCCCUCCAUUCAGGCCCAGGGCGUGUUGGGGGUCCAGCUCAGGAUUGCCACAGACGAGCAGUACAGUAGCUUCUACCCCCAGUACCACCGGCCCCUGCAGAUGCUCUUGGGUAAACCCUUACACCUUGAGGUGCGUCUGCUCAACCCCCCAGAUGACAAAGUUGUCCUGCUGGUACACUACUGCGUGGCCUACCCCAGAUCAGGACAGACUGUCUGGGUACUCCUCUAUAAUGGAUGUCCUAACCAUCUGGACCCGGCCUCUCAGAAGCCUCACCCAUCUCCUCCACCCCCACCCUUCCACCAAGGCCAGACACGAAGGUUCACCAUCUCCACCUUCCAGUUCCUCACCUCUGGACAGACCCAGACAUUGGAGGACCAUGAAGAGAUCUACUUCAUGUGUUCUACUGAAGUGUGUUCGCCGCUGGACGGCAGCCUGUGUGUAGAGGGAUGCUUUGGCCAGUGACU